UGACACAUGGCACCUGUCUAGCACUGCAAGAACUGAAUCGCCGUUUGACAGAAAAAGACCAUAGGAUACAUCGCGUUUACUGCUUAGUGUUUUCAACUCUACGAUGCAGAAAAUCAAGUCUUUGAUGGCUCGUCAGGGUCUGAAGAGUCCCCAGGAGAGUGUGGUUGACAUGAGCCCUGUGGAGAGCUUCAGGACCCCCAGCAAGGAGGAGCUGAGGGAAUUGAGAGAACAACCCACUGAUCCACAGGCAGAACAGGAAAUCAUUGAUAGCAUAGAGGAAGUGUACUUCUCCAGUGACUCCUUUGACAUGGUGCAAUACGAGCUUGAGAAACUCCCUCUGGAUUUGAACCUUCUGGAGCUUGAGGAGUACAGAGAUAAGCUGAAGAGACAACAAGCAGCUGUAUCUAAAAGAGUGGCGGACCUCAUUUUGGAGAAACAGCCUUCCUAUGUUAAGGAGCUCGAGAGAGUGACAUCUCUGCAGACCAACUUGCAGCUGGCUGCAGUCAUCUGCACUAAUGCACGAAGGCAGCUUCGUUCUGCUAAAGAAGGCUUCACUGAAGCCAGUCUGGGGCUGUUAGCCAAUCAGAGACGACGACAGCUGUUGACAGGAUUGUUGAAGUCUUUGAGGACCAUAAAGACUCUGCAAAGAACUGAUGUUCGACUGAGUGAAAUGCUGGAGGAGGAGGACUAUCCAGGCGCCAUCCAGCUGUGUUUAGAAUGCCAGAAGGCUGCCAGCACUUUCAAACACUACAACUGUAUAAGCGAGUUGAAUUCCAAACUGCAAGACACUCUGGAGCAAAUCGAGGAACAGCUAGAUGUGGCGCUGUCCAAAACCUGCAAGCACUUUGAUGUCUCUCACUACACCAAAGUUCAACUGGCAUAUAAGCUGCUGGGCAAGACACAGACGGCCAUGGAUCAACUGCACAUGCACUUCACCCAGGCCAUCCACAACACUGUCUUCCAGGUGGUGCUGGGAUACGUAGAGUUGUGCGCCGGCAACGCCGACACCAAGUUCCAGAAGAUGCAGUACAAGGACCUUUGCACGCACAUAACCACAGACAGCUACAUCCCCUGCUUGACUGACCUCUGCAAGGCCUUGUGGGAGGUGAUGCUCAGUUACCAUCUAACCAUGCAGUGGCACGAUGAGCACUACAAAGAAGACGAGGCAACUCCUGGAGCGGAUGAUUCCAGCGCAGAGGGCUCAGACGAAUCCACCGUGGGCCGCAGCUAUGUGAAAAAGAAGCUGGAACAUGGCUUAACGCGGAUCUGGCAGGACGUCCAAUUGAAAGUGAAAGCCUAUUUGCUGGGAACAGACGUGUCCAACUUCAAGUACGACGACUUCAUUGUGGUUUUGGAUGUUAUCAGCAGGUUGAUUCAGGUGGGAGAGGAAUUCUGCGGCAGCAAGUCUGAGGUGUUGCAAGAGUCCAUUAAGAGACAGAGUGUAAACUACUUUAAGAACUAUCACAGAACCCGCCUGGAGGAGUUGCGAAUGUUUCUUGAAAAUGAAACAUGGGAGUUGUGCCCUGUGAAGUACAACUUCAGUAUUGCCCAGCUUCACGAGUUCAAGUUCAUGGGUCAGUGUCGUUCUCCUUCAGUAUCUCCCAGCAGGCAGCCGGAAUCCACAGAGCCGGUGGAGCUUUUUCUGUUUGAGCAGUACCUACAGGGAGGAAAUCCUUUUGAGAUGCAGAUAGACAAUAAGGAAGAGGAGACAGAAGAUGUCCUGGCUUCUAAUGGGUAUGAGUCAGAUGAGCUGGAGAAGAGUGUGUAUCAGGACUAUGACAGUGACAGUGAUGUACCUGAGGAGCUGAAACAAGACUAUGUAGAUGAACAGACAGGAGACGCUCCAGUGAAGAGCGUGUCCAGAGAGACACUUCGCAGCCAGAAGAGGUCCGACUACAAUCUGAACCGAGCCAAUGCCCCCAUCCUUACCAACACCACCCUCAACGUGAUUCGCCUGGUUGGAAAAUACAUGCAGAUGAUGAACAUUCUGAAGCCCAUCGCCUUUGAUGUCAUCCACUGCGUGUCUCAGCUCUUUGAUUAUUACCUGUAUGCUGUCUACACCUUCUUUGGCCGCAAUGAUAUGCACUUCCAAUCUGCAUCUCUGCCUUCACAAGGCUCUCAACCUGGUGCGUCCAGACCGGUGGUCCCUAUCUAUUGGUAUGAAUCAUCUGGGCUGGGUUUGAUCAGCAGCAGACUGAGGACGACGCUCAGCCGAAUCCAGGAGAGCCUAAUAGACGUGGAGGCUGGAGGGGAGAACGCAGGUCCUCACGCAUCUCCUGAGGAAAGGAAGGAGAAGGUCCCCAGUCCUCAUCUCAGUCAGCUGGUGGUCCUGACGGCUAGUGAUACGCUUUAUGGCUUGGCUGAGCGAGUCGUCGCCACUGAAUCACUAGUUUUUCUGGCAGAGCAGUUUGAGUUCCUUCAGCCUCAUCUCGACACCAUGAUGCCUUCAGCCAAGAAGCCCUUUCUUCAGCAGUUCUACUCACAGACUGUAUCUACAGCAAGCGAGCUCCGCAAACCCAUUUACUGGAUUGUGGCGGCCAAAGCCAUAGAUUACGAACAGAUGCUGUUACUGAUGGCGGGAGUGAAAUGGGACAUUAAAGAGAUAAUGUCACAGCACAACGUCUAUGUGGAUGUCCUUUUAAAGGAGUUUGAGAAGUUUAACCAGAGACUGGGAGAUGUGUCGAAAAUAGUUCGGAUUCCUCUGCCUGUGUCCAAUGUCUUAUGGGAGCACUGCAUCCGUCUGGCCAACAGGACAUUAGUGGAGGGCUAUGCAAAUGUGAAGAAAUGCAGUAAUGAAGGACGUGCGCUGAUGCAGCUGGACUUCCAGCAGUUCCUGAUGAAGCUGGAGAAGCUCACCGACCUCAGACCAAUUCCAGACAAGGAGUUCGUAGAGACCUACAUCAAGGCAUACUACCUUACUGAGAAUGACAUGGAGCAGUUCAUCAAGAACCACAGGGAGUACUCUAUGAAGCAGCUGACUAACCUGGUCAACGUCUGCCUCGGGUCCCACAUCAACAAGAAAGCGCGACAGAAACUCCUCACAGCUAUCGAUGACAUUGACCGGCCGAAAAGAUAAAUAACUGUCACCAAACUCCACAGAAAACACACAAACACACCUUCACUGUUACUUGUCCAGUAUCUAUUAUCAUGCACGGCCUGCAUUUUUUUUUAACCAUGUAAACGUUUGCGGUUUCUGUUUACAUUUUAUUACGAAUGUAAGCAGGACGUGCUCUGACUACGUUUGAAGCGGUCAUUUGAAUGGAUAAUGGAUAAUGAAGGUGUUAUUAGUAUCACUUGAAUCACAACACAAAUGAAUGACUCAUGCGCUAUCAUAAACAUAGCUGUGGCUAAGCAACCAUGUUCUUCUGCCAUAUUUCCCUUUUUGAGGAAUUUGUGCUGGAUCUGCAUUUUUAAAAUGAUACUAAAAUUCCCUCUAACGCACUGAGACUCCAUCUCUGACACUUUACACAAAAAGCAUGUGCGUUCCUUGUCUGGUUUUGAAAGGUCACUGUCAUUUCGCUAGCUGUGCGUCACUGGUCUCGCCCUGUUACAGAUUCCAGAGACGUAUUGUAGUGUUGUUGUCAUUUGUCAUGAAACACAUUUGUGCAGGAAUGUGAUUACUUAUAUGUUAAUAGUAAUAAUAGAGCAAGACUCU